AUGCCAGAUAUAAAAAGAGGUGGAUCAAACAAGUAUUGGAUGCUUGGAACUGCCCAGAACAAUCAUGGCAAUCCCAGGGCAAGAAUUUCAGUUUUGGAUUUCACCCCAGUGAAAAGAAGGGACUCUGUUGUGGGAAUCAGCUUUGCUAACAUCAAUGAUUCAACUCUGGUAUGGACUGCGGGCUUCAAUGGCGGAAUUGAAGUGGGAGAAGGAGGUUCCUUCGCUUUACAGAGUGAUGGCAAACUAGUUUUAAGCAAUGGGACACAAAUACUUUGGCAGACAAACAUAUCAAGUCUAGGCGUGGCAUCUGCAGAUAUGCAAGAUGAUGGGAACUUUGUCCUGCAAAACAGUGGUUCAUUCACAGUUUGGGACACCUUUGCGAAUCCUACUGAUACUCUGGUGGUCAAUCAAAACUUCACUGUGAAUCAAAGCCUGCGAUCGGGUCCGUAUACAUUCACCUUGCAGCCCAGCGGAAAUUUCACACUGAAAUGGAACAACUAUAUCACGUACUUGAAUGUGGGUACUCCACUAGCUACCACAGCAUCUCUCACCGGACAAGGAAUUUUCAAGCUCUCCAAUUCUUCAAAUGAUGAGAUAUGGGUGUCUCGGAGUGUAGAUUAUACGGACAAUUCUAUCACGGUGCGAAGAAUGAAGCUGGAAUCAAAUGGGAAUUUAAGGUCCUAUGGAUGGAUCACUAGUCUAGGGAUAUGGGAGCUGGGAUGGAGUGCUGUGGAAGACCAGUGCCAAGUCUAUGGAUGGUGUGGAAAUUUCGGCGUGUGCGUUUACAAUGAUACAGGUCCUUAUUGCAAAUGCCCAUCUGCAGAGUUUGAUCAGAUAGAUCCCAAUGAUGCCAGUAAGGGAUGCAGGAGGCAGCAGGAUAUAGCACAGUGCCCUAAUAACCAUAGCAUGCUUCAACUGGAUCAUACAAAAUUCUUAUCUUAUCCCCCAGAGUCAGAAUCAUCAAAUUCUGAGAUAUAUUAUUUCGGAUAUGCAGAUUGUUGGCAGAACUGCCUCAAGGAUCCGAACUGCACCGUAUCUACAAUCAUGGCUGAUGGUACAGGCACUUGCAGGGAGAAGUACAGCAACUUUACCAGUGCUUAUCAAUCAGUAAGCAUUCCAGCCACUUCUUUUGUAAAGGUAUGCGGUCGAGGGCAGCCUCUAAUUCAAGCUCUUCCUCCAGUAAGUAUUGUGAAUGAGUCCAAGGUCCCUACCACAGGGAUCCUGAUAUUAAUUAUCAUUAAUAGUUUUGUAAUAAAGUUUUGUAAUAGUUUUAUUUCAAAUUAG